UGAGAGUCUCUGAAUUGCCUGUCAGUGUUUGUUUUGAAAACGUAGACCAUGUGUUCGAAAGAGCUUCGUAAUAAAGUUUUGUUCUUUUUAGAGAACAGAAAGUAUGCAAAUAAUCUCGUCGACAUACUUUCCUUAAUAGAUGGCAGUGAGAAGAAAUCACAGGCAGCGAUACUUGCAUUGGAGCUUGCAUUUUCAGAAGUACUAAAACGAGGAGACUUGCAUAAUGUGCCCCAGAGUAUUACACUAAAUGAGAGUGAUGCAGAACAAAUUUAUAAAUUGUGGCUGCGAGAAAGAUAUGAGGAAUACUUCGACAAGUUGUUGUGGACCAUAGAGAAAGGAAAACUUGCAGCACAGUUACAAGCUCUGUCGAGUGCUGUGAAACUUUACAUUGUACUGGAAGGAAGAUACCCAUUGGAGAAUACAAUAAAUAGUGAAUACUAUUUUCCUUUGAACAGGUUAAAGUUUAUCAUCAGCAAACUUCUGUCAAAUGAGAGGGCAAACAGUCAACUAAUUACCAGGCUACUUGAAUAUACAUCUUGCAAAGACUUCUUACAGUUUACUUGGAAGGUGCUUCCUUCAAUAGUUGUUAUGGAAAGUAAACCCAACGAGAUUUUUCUUAAUAACUUAAUUGAAUUACUGGAUAAAAUUCCAAUCCCAAGGAAGGAAGAGGAAGGAAAAAUGACUUUGUUGCUAUACAGCAGUGAAGAACAGAACUGUUUUGUGCCUAAAACUCAACUUAUGCAGAAGUGGCUUAACAAAGUUUGGAAUUGUAUGAGCAAGUGGGAGUACUGGAAUUACUCUCCAGUAACUCAACGGCAUUUGCUUGUAGUUUUGCUUGAGAAACUCCUUCCACAUUUGGAAAAACCACUGCUUCUUACAGACUAUUUUAUUGACUCUAUGGAUGUGGGUGGUCCUGUUAGUUUACUGGCACUACAAGGAAUUUUUACUCUCAUACAACAUCAUAAUCUGGAGUAUCCUAACAUUUACAAGAAGCUAUAUUCAUUAUUUGAGCCAGAGAUAUUCCACACUAAAUACAAGGCUCGGUUGUUCUACUUAUCAGAUAUUUUCCUGAGUUCGACACAUCUUCCAGAGAACUUAGUUGCAGCAUUUGUGAAACGUCUCUCAAGGCUUGCUCUUCUGGCACCACCACAGGACAUUUUGAUCAUAUUAAGAUUUGUGGGAAACUUGUUAAUACGCCAUCCAGGUCUGCAGAUACUUGUGAACUGUACGCAAGGACAGCAAGUGACAGGUGAUCCCUUCAUUAUGGAAGAAAGUGAUCCAGUAAAAAGCCAUGCAAUUGAAAGCUCAUUGUGGGAAAUCCAGGCUCUGCAAACACAUCAUAUUCCUAGCAUUGCAUCUGCAGCUAGGUUUAUCAACUUUCCUCUACCAUCUCUGGAGUGGGAUCUGUCAGAUGUGUUGGAGGUGUCAGCAGAUGAUCUGCAGGUGGUGCUGGCUUCAGUUAUGCAGCUCGAGGCUGUUGCCUCUGGGCUUCUCUGUGGGGGCUGGACAUGGGGAUGCAAGAUGUUCGAAAGAGAAUUGAAGAAGAAAGUUACAGAUGUCAUAUUAACUUUUGAAAAACCAACAUCUCUUUCAUUACCAAGUGGAGAGAGGCUGUCGGAUUAUUGGUCUCUUGUAUGAUUAUCGGGUGUUCUGGACAGGGUGACUUUUGUGACAUUGCCCGUGAGGACAUGAAGUAUAUGUAAUAGAACCUUGACAUGCAUUCCAAGAUUUUUUUUUUCUUACACACAACGAAUUUGAGAUUGCUAAUGCGUAUUGCUAAAAACUUUGGCUGUACUUUGAUCUGCUUUUGUAUGCUUGUACAUAUAACUUAAGUAACAGAUGUUCUGUAUUAUAUUAAAGCUUCUCAUUCACUUACACUUGUGAUUUUCCUAGAGGAUGAUCACCAAUCCAUUGGUAUUAUUUUGUUAAUGAUUGUAAAAUGUUAACUGAAAUGAUUUGAUAAUUUUCAGAGGUAUAUAGUUUUGCUAUUACUCUAAAAUUAUAAGAACUGUACAUGUGUUUAUUUUAGAAUUUUACUGGAGAUAUCAAUAAUAUGUGGAACUGUGCCACUGAUAUGUUUGAUGACAACUCAUUGGCACUGAACUGACUAGUAUUAAAUGUACUAUUGAUAUGUUAACCAAAAAACCACAUAUUAUGUAAUAAAUUAUAUAACAUUUUAUAUAUUAUAAAAGCACAGAAUUCCUGUAACACUGCACAUAAAAUUUGCUAAGCAUUUAACUAUUUUGCAGCUGGGAGUAAUAACAGCAAGGCCCAAAAACUGAAAUAAAAUGUACAUGUUAGAAGCCUUAUAGUUGCAUGACUUUGCAACCAAUGUUUUAACAUACAAGUAACCUGACAAUGUCUCAGAUCAGUCAGAUGAAGAAUGGUUACAGCAUAUAGAUUUUGUAAGACUGUGAUUUAUACAGUUGGCCAUCUUUAAUAUUUAGUUGAAGAGCGGUAUAGUGCCAAGAAUAGUGGUUUGAGUAUAAAGUGUUGGGUACGAAACUAUGGAUAUUCCCUUCAGUUGUGUUGGACAACUACAUGACCCAUUUGUGGUUCCAAAUGAUGUUGUUGACAUUGGCAGAUUUAACCCUGUUAAGUUGUGUGGCAAUAAGGUCAGAUCCCUACUAAAAUUCCAAAUUUUACAUAAUAAUCCAUGUAAACCCUUCUUUGUUAUUCAUAUGCUAUGUACCAACUUUUUCUUGAACAUGAAAGAUGGUUCCUGUCACAUAAUAUGUCACAGGUACUUAUUUAUUUAUUUAUUCCCAUUCCUCCUUGUCACCAUUUUGUGGCUUGAGUUCUAAGUGUGUCACCUUACAUAGGACCACAAAAUCUCACCUUACAUAGGGCCGUAAAACCUCAAGAAAAGCCUCCACAGUUCUGUUGCCACUUUGUCAAUACAUCCAACUCCAUCAUCGAUAAAUAUAUAUCCAUUAAGCUGCAGAAGCUAUACGGUCUCUGUAUGGUCCAAUUCAUUGAGAUAUAGUAGAUGGGACAGGAUGAAAGAUGAGUCUGUGGUAACAAUGCAUACCAACAAAGAAACAUAAAUCAGUACUACAGAAACCAAGCUUGGGGCUGAGUCUUUAAUGUCAUCCAAAAUUCUUAUAUCAUGGAGGAAAUGAACAUUAGUCCUAAGUCUCCAUCAUAAAGACUUAGAUCUGAAGAACCCCUUGCAGAUUAGUUUCUUGUUUUUCUCAAAAUGAAAAUAUAUUUGAUUCUGAUAUGAACUGUAGGUCUUUAUCAGGAAUUAACGCACGGUACAAACCAAAAGGGACUGACAGUAGUUUCAACACUAAAACACAGUAUAUAAAUACAGUUACCCAACACAUGGACAUGGAAACACACAAAAGUUGAAGCUGAGCAGUUAAUUGCAGUGGGGACAGUAUUACACAUGGAGCUCAUUGAGGUGACACACAGUGCGCACAGGCAAACAAAACAGAAAUUUUGAAUCAUGCAACUAUAUAUUAAAAGAAUGAAGUCAGUGUGAUUCAAUGCCGAGAAAGAUGAGAUGACUAUUUUACAUUUAAAACGUUAGAAUAAAAAAGAGAAAACUGAUAAGUCUUAUAGGAAUUUCUAGUAGAAUGAAAAUACUUUAGGAUUAAAGGAGAUGACUCACCAAAAUGCAGAAGAAUGGAGUUGUCAAUAAGAACACACACAAGGAAGAAAACUAGCCUUUGAAGUUAUCCUUUGAUGAGCUAGAGUAAAAUACACAAACUCCCCCCACCCCGCACACACACACACACACACACACACACACACACACACACACACACACACACACACACUUCUGGCCCUACAUUGUACCAGCUAGACUAACAGUGCCAACACUGUUUUGCGGCAGGUGGACUAGUUGUAUUGGGGGUAGUGUCGGAUUGGGUGGGAUGGGUAGAGGGAGAGGGUCUGGGAGAGGGUGGCUUGCAGCUUGGUGGAGGACACUGAUUUGCUGGCUAGGAAUGCAGGAAGGAAUGGUGGCAUAGGUAUGUGGGCUGGCAUGACUGUACCGGCCUGUGGGGGAACUUGCACAUGCUGAAGGUGACGUGGGAACAUGAAUUUGGAGGGGCUGACAGGACAGAGGAAGGGAAAACUGUUGGUUGGAGAAUGUGGGGCAAUGGCCAUUCAUCCUGGUGGAUAGCUAGGCAGCACCUUCCUUCCUGGACAUUGACCUCCACCUCUGUGACGGCUCCAUCCACAACUCUGUUCACAUUAAAUCCAUGAACCAACUACAAUGCCUACAUUUUGACAGCUGCCAUCCCACUCAGACCAAAAAAUCCAUCCCGUACAGCCCAUCCACCCGUGGACAAUGAUUUGCAGUGAUGAGAACUCCCUUGCCACUAUAGGGCAAUACCUCUCAAAGCUAGCCCACAAACAGAUUUCUCGUGCCAUAUCCUACACACCCCUAAUCCUUCCACCACCACCCAAGAAUCAGCUGCAAAGGAGUGCCCCCAUCGCCCAAUAUCACUGUGGACUGUAACAAUUGAAUUAUAUCCUUCACCAGGAGUUUGAUGAUCUCUCAUCCUGCCCUGAAAUUAGGGACAUCCUACCCAAGAUCCUUCCUAUCCAUCCUAAAGUGGUGUUCCAUCGUGCACCCAACCUACACAUCAUCCUAGUCUAUCCCUAUGCCACUCGCACUCCCAGCUUGUUGCCACAAGGAUCAUAUCCCUGUGGCGGACCAAGUUGGAAGGCCUGCCCGAUCCACUUACCCAGCACCUCCUACUUCAGUUGUGUCAGAGUUCUAUUCUAACCCCAUCAGAGGCUGGCCACCUGUGAAAGCAGCCAAGUCAUAUACCAUCUCUACUGCAAAGGGUUUGUAUUGGUAUGAUUCCCAGGCAGCUGUCCACCAGCAUGAAUGGCCAUCACCAUUCAAUUGUCAAGAACAAAGUCAACCACUCAGUGGCACAACUUGCAGCUGAGAACAAUAUGCUCAAUUUCAGUGGCUGCUUCACAACCUGAGCUAUCUGGAUCCUCCCUUCACCACUAGCCUCUCUGAACUACACAGAUGGGGAUUAUCCUUGCAUCUCAUCCUGGCUUCAAUCUCAGGUAACCCACUGUGUCUGCGCCCCCACCCAACAGUUUCCUCUUCCUCUGUCCUGUCCCCCCACCCAUUUCACAUCCGCAUAUCAUCUUCAGAGUGUGCCACUUCCCAUUGGCUGCUACAGUCAUGCUAGCCCAUAUACGUGCAACCCCUCCCUCCUGCAUUCCUAGUGGGAAAACCGGCUGCCUCUCUCCGUGGCACUAGGCACCCACCACAGUCCAUCUCUCUGCCUCCCUCUCCCUCCACCCACCCCACCCAACACUACACCCACUACGAUAGCUCACCAGCCUCAAAAUAGCAUUGGUACUGAUAGUCUAGCUGACACCAUACAGGGGCAUAGACAUGCAUGUGUUUGUGUAUUUUACUCUAGCUCAUCAAAGGAUAACUCCGAAAGCUAGCAAGUUUCUUUCUUCUGGGUGUACUUAUCAACAACUCAACACUUUGCUUCUGUUUUUUGGUGAGUGGUCUCGUUUGAGAGUGCCCAUACCUGGGGCAAGAAAGGGGCAUGCUCCCUCCCCCCAACCCCAGCUCUCAGGGAAAGGAACAAAAUAUAGUAUAGGCAGGUAUUUUUCUUUUGAGAAAAUGAUUUAAAAGUCGAAAUAACACAGAUUUUUUUAACAGGGUCAGAACUGGAACUUUUUAUAGUUGCUUGUAAGUCACCACUCAUCUUGCAAAAUAUUAAAUAUACUCCAUACCCCUCUCCCCUCCCCUGGUCUUGGUGGUGCCUACAAACUAUCAUAUGGGCACUCUUGAUCUCUUUUAAUUCUAAAGUAUCUAUAAAGAUGAAACUGAACUAUUCAUAAUAUAGUGUAAAAUGAACCAGAUAAAACAAACCAGAAUGCCUGUAUUAUCUUUCAGUGCAGAAAUAGUGUAAGUCCAUUUAAUUAUAUUAUUAGGAUGCAGUGUAUUGAAAUGGUGAUAUUGUUGGUAUAUGAGUAUUUAGAAUUGUUUUUAUAAUUGUAAAUAACUAAAAUGCAUUGUAAAGUGUGAAAGCUAUUUGUAUAAAGAGAAUACAUGCUUUUUAGCUGAUCCAGCUCACUUUAGUUGCAUUUUCCAUGGUUUGUCCCAAAUGAUCCUAGGCAAAUGUUAUGCUCUGAAGGAUUAUGGCCAACUGUGUCCACUUUUAUUACACAUUUGUGAAAUGAUGUAAAUUGUUACACUUCAUUUUCCAAUAUUAUUGUCACUAUUAUUGGUGCUAUUUUCAUUCUUACAAUUUAUAGUUCCAUGUUUUACAAUUUUGUUUUGUUUUCUUUCAGUAUUUUCUGUGUAUAUUAUAUUGUAUCAUAUUAAAUGCUCUAACAUGGAUGCCCAAUUGCAUAAAUAACGAAAUAAAGUCUGAUAACUAUUUGAGUAUAAUGUAAA